AUGUCUCAGUACAUCGGCAAGACCAUAUCGUUGGUCUCUGUGACGGAAAACAGAUACGUCGGGUUGCUGGAAGAGAUCGACUCUGAGAAGGGUACGGUGACGCUACAGAACGUCCGUUGUUUUGGCACUGAGGGACGUAAGAACUGGGGUGCCGAGGAGAUCUAUCCGAAUCCGACGAUCUACAAGAGUGUGAAGUUUAACGGGAACGAAGUGAAGGAUUUGAGUAUCCUGGACGUGAAAUUGGAAGAUGUGCAGCCUGUUUUACCUCCACAGGGUGUGAUACAACCGGCAGUGGGAAUUCCGCAGGGUCAGGUUCCAGCAGCCGUUGCAGGAUAUGGCGUGUACGCCCCGGAGCCGGCAGCAAGCGUCCAGGAAGAGGUGGCGACCCGUCGCCAGGAGCAGCAGACGAGAGCUGCACCAGACCAGAGACGCCAGCCUGCCCAAGGCAGAAAGGUCGAGAUCCCACAGGAGGAUUUCGACUUCCAGAGCAACAACGCCAAGUUUGUCAGGGACGACAGCGAGAACGCAGGCGCUGGGCCGUCUCAGAACGAGCCGGCAGCGAACGAAGAGAGCCAUCCCGAGCAGUUCUACAACAAGAAGUCGUCGUUCUUCGACAGCAUCUCCACAUCCACGGACACAGCCGGGAACAUGAGAUGGCAGGAGGAAAAGGCCAUGAACAUCGAUACGUUCGGUCAGGCGUCCGCAAGACCAAGAUUUGGCCGUGGCGGUAGAGGCAGAGGCGGAAGAGGCGGCAGGGGCAGAGGUAACAGAGGAAGGGGCAACAGAGGAGGAUUCCAGAGCAGAAAUAGCCACCUGGAUGAUAGCCAGAAUGGCCAAUUCGCCCGUACACAGCAAAUUGAGUUCUGA